UAUGCCGGGCCCAGUUUCACCAACUACUUCCGGGUCGACGUCAGUUCACCGGGCCGGCUGCGCCGCACAGAGCCCGUGGUGUCUGCAAAGGAGGGCUGCUGUCUGUCCUGUAGAGGUCCACCUGCAGAGCAAGUGUUGGGAGCGUGUGCACCAUGGCGAGCCUCCUGCGUGUCGUGGCGGUACACUGCUCAGCCCCUGUGCUCAGCAGCAUCUCCUGUGUGAAGGUGCACAGCGGCUCUGCUAUCAAAUCAACCUGCAUACGCUCUUUUAAGACCCACCAAGCUCUUUGGCGGAGUGCCAGUCCCGGAAUCCCAUACAAGCAGCUCACAGUUGGAGUUCCCAAAGAAAUUUUCCAGAAUGAACGCCGCGUGGCGCUGUCCCCAGCUGGCGUUCAGGCUCUCAUCAAACAGGGCUUCAACGUCGUCGUGGAGUCCGGAGCUGGAGAGUUUUCAAAGUUCCCUGAUGAGAUGUACACUCAAGCUGGGGCAACAAUUAAAGGCGUAGAAGAUGUGCUGGCCUCUGAUCUGUUGGUUAAAGUCCGUGCUCCCACAUUUAACCCAGCCUUGGGUGUUCACGAGGUGGAGAUGAUGAAGGACGCAGGAACUUUACUCAGCUUCAUCUACCCAGCUCAGAACCCUGAGCUGAUGGACAUGCUGUCCCAGAAAAAAGCCACAGUUCUGGCUAUGGACCAGGUGCCCAGAGUCACCAUCGCCCAGGGUUUUGAUGCACUCAGCUCCAUGGCAAACAUUGCUGGGGCUGCAGCUUUGGAGCAAUUUAAAUCUCUUGGUGCCGAGCCGCUGGAGGUGAACAUAAAAGAAUCAGGAGAAGGUCAGGGAGGCUACGCCAAAGAAAUGUCCAAGGAGUUCAUAGAGGAAGAGAUGAAGCUGUUUGCCAAACAGUGUCAAGAAGUGGACAUCGUCAUCAGUACUGCUCUUAUCCCUGGUAAGCGGGCACCCAUCCUGAUCACCAAACCAAUGGUGGAGAGCAUGAAGGACGGUUCGGUGGUGGUGGACUUGGCUGCUGAGGCUGGUGGAAACAUUGAGACCACGGUUCCAGGAGAACUGUCAGUAUACAAGGGAGUGACCCACAUCGGCUACACAGACAUCCCCAGCCGUUUACCGACGCAGUCCAGCACCCUGUACUCCAACAACAUCACUAAGCUGCUUCGGGCAAUCAGCCCAGACAAGGAGAACUUUUUCCUCGACGUUAAGGAUGCGUUUGACUACGGGACCAUGGAYCAUGUUGUCAGAGGAUCUAUUGUCAUGCAGAAUGGAAAGAACCUGUUCCCCGCUCCCCAGCCUAACAACUUGCCCACUGCAGCUCCCCCUAAACCCAAGUCUGUCCAUGAACUGGAGGCAGAGAAGGCAUCACAGAUCUCACCUUUCAGGGCUACACUCACCACCGCUGGCAUUUACACUGGAGGUAUUGGCACACUGCUGAGUCUGGGCUUGGCUGCUCCUAACGCCGCCUUCACUCAGAUGGUCACCACCUUCGGUCUUGCGGGUAUCGUCGGAUACCACACAGUGUGGGGAGUCACUCCCGCUCUGCACUCACCACUCAUGUCUGUCACCAACGCCAUCUCAGGUCUGACAGCUGUGGGUGGUCUGUCCCUGAUGGGAGGCGGCUACUUGCCAACUAAUACCGCGCAGACACUGGCUGUGCUCGCUGCCUUCAUCUCUUCAGUCAACAUCGCUGGUGGUUUUCUGGUCACGCAGAAAAUGUUGGACAUGUUCAAACGUCCCACCGACCCUCCUGAGUACAACUACCUCUACCUUCUUCCUGCCGGUGUCUUCGUUGGCGGCUACGCUGCUGCUCUGCAUUCUGGAUACAACAUUGAGCAGAUGAUGUACUUGGGCUCAGGUCUGUGCUGUGUCGGUGCCCUUGCUGGCCUUUCCAAUCAGAAGACAGCCCGGUUGGGAAAUACUCUGGGUAUGAUUGGAGUCGCAGGGGGCAUGGCUGCCACUUUGGGUGCUCUCCAACCCAGUCCUGAGCUCCUGGCACAAAUGAGCGCAGCCAUGGCUGUGGGUGGUAGUGCUGGCUUGGCCAUUGCUAAGAAAAUUGAGAUCACUGACUUGCCUCAGCUUGUGGCUGCCUUCCACAGCCUGGUGGGACUGGCUGCAGUACUCACCUGCGUGGCCGAAUAUAUGAUUGAGUUUCCUCACUUUGCUACGGACCCUGCAGCCAACCUCACCAAGAUAGUGGCCUACCUGGGCACCUACAUUGGCGGAAUCACUUUCAGUGGCUCUUUGGUGGCGUACGGCAAACUGCAAGGUCUUCUGAACAGCUCCCCCCUGAUUCUCCCUGCUCGUCAUGUGCUCAACGCCAGUCUCAUGGCAGCUUGUGUCGUUGGGAUGAUUCCCUACAUGCUGGAUCCAAGCUACACCACAGGCAUGACCUGUCUCGGAUCAGUUUCUGCCCUCUCUGCUGUCAUGGGUGUAACUUUGACAGCAGCUAUCGGAGGCGCUGACAUGCCGGUGGUCAUCACGGUGCUGAACAGUUACUCAGGCUGGGCUCUGUGUGCCGAGGGCUUCCUGCUUAAUAACAACCUGCUCACCAUCGUCGGCGCUCUCAUCGGGUCGUCUGGAGCCAUUCUGUCAUACAUCAUGUGUGUGGCCAUGAAUCGUUCACUGGCUAAUGUGAUCCUGGGAGGUUACGGUACAUCUUCCACUGGAACAGGAAAGCCCAUGGAGAUCACAGGAACACACACAGAGGUCAACGUGGAGCAGACCGUUGACAUGAUUAAAGAAGCUCAAAACAUUAUCAUCACUCCAGGUUAUGGACUUUGUGCUGCAAAGGCCCAGUACCCCAUUGCUGAGUUGGUAAAGAUGCUCACCGAGGCUGGCAAGAAAGUCAGGUUUGGGAUUCAUCCAGUGGCCGGUCGUAUGCCCGGUCAGCUCAACGUGCUGCUGGCUGAAGCUGGUGUCCCRUAUGAUAUUGUUCUGGAAAUGGAGGAGAUUAACGAGGACUUCCCUGAAACUGACCUGGUUCUGGUGAUCGGCGCCAAUGACACGGUGAACUCUGCUGCCCAAGAAGACCCCAACUCCAUCAUUGCUGGCAUGCCCGUGCUGGAGGUCUGGAAGUCCAAACAGGUGGUCGUGAUGAAGCGUUCUCUGGGUGUGGGAUACGCAGCCGUGGACAACCCCAUCUUCUACAAACCCAACACUGCGAUGCUGCUUGGCGAUGCAAAGAAGACGUGCGAUGCCCUGCAGGCCAAGGUCCGCGAGUCCCAGGGCCUGUAACGUGGUCCGGCAUCGAGCACCCCUUCAAUGACAACACACACACACAAAGGAAAGAAAACCAUGAAUGAAACGUUUUCCAAAAGAACUCCAACUCUGUAAAUUGAGUCAAUCCGAGAUCAGAGGUUAUUGCCAAACCCUUCCUUUGAUCUAAAAAUAAAAGCUAAUUUGUUAAAAUUUAAAAGAGAAACUCCAUUUAUGGAUGCUGUAUAUUUAUUUCUCACAUAGGAAAUGUACCUAAAGAUAUUUUCUUCUUCCAWCUUCUGUUAUUUCUAGAUAGUAAAGGAAGGGGAGCAGUUAUCAGCAGCACCGACAGGCUGCUAACUUAGAAAUCUACAUUAAUGUAAAAUAUAAAUCAGGAGUAUUAAAGCUUUAGAUCAGUUUCACAGUUAGCCAAACUAAACAUGAUUUUUAAAAGUGACAAUGAAAUAAUUAAUCUGAAGCACCAACAUUUUUUUCUUUACUGUAAAGAGUUUCAUCCUCCUUUACUCCACCGUUUGAUUUUAGUUUUAGAAAUUUAAUAAAUCUACCUAAUCUAUUUUUUUUCGUAACAAAGACAAAAAGUGUUAAUAGUUUUGUGAAGUUUGUUCAAUUCUAGUUUUCUACAACAUUGAAGGAGUUUUGAUCUAAAACUUUUCCAUGAUGAUUGUUGUCAAAUGAUUCUGUCCAUCAUGAGUGUGAUACGGUUUAUCUGUCAAUGCCUCCAGCGGCUGCGACCACGUUUGGAUCCCUAAGACCCAGAGAAGAAACUCCAAAAUAAAAGCAGAGUUUUUUUUUUUUGUGGGACCACUGUUGUGCUGAAAUGUAAAGACUGUCCUGCUCUUACAAACACUUGUUGCUCAGAUUGCUGAUUAGAUUGAGUGCUUCAUGGUUCAGAUUUGAUUUGGGUUUCUUUUUGUCUUUUAAGUGAAUGUGACCAAUCCACUCCAGUGUGUCCUUUUGUUUCAACUUUACAAGGAAAUGAAGGAACACAAGUUUGUAAAAUAGGRCCAUUAUUUAAUCUGACUGCUGUCCAGGAAUCUAAACAACAAAACAAUGUAUAGGUGAAUAUUCCUUCAACCUGUUAAAUACCAUUAUCACAAUAUUGUGCCAAACCUUUUAUCCCUUCACCUCUAAUCUGAUUUGAUUCAUGGUUUGGCUCCUGACGUAACCACUAAAUAUGGUUUGAAAAAAUCUGAUUUUGGUCUGAAGGUUUUUGUUAUUUAGGUAAAAAUGUCAUGAAAGGUUAAUAAUUUGUUUCACCCUGGGACCUGAUACAUGGAACAGUGACGACUGUCCUACCUCUCCAUUAAAUGACACAAUAUCUUGCCGUAGGGCUUUCUAAUUGAUCAAUUUAUUUUGCUGAAUCUGACUCAGCGGACCAUCGUUUUCAUUACACUCAGUUCAACUUAACCCCCCCCCCCCCAAAAAAAAAACAAACAAAAAAACAGGACCAAUAGUAUUUUGAUUUGCAUUUUCAGACCUUAAAUUUAUUUUUUCUUUCUUUUUUCUGUUUUGCAACUAAAGUGUAAAGCUGCAGAUGUCAGCAGAGCUGCAGAUGUUUUUGGUGCUCAGGAGGAGAGAGUCAUCAGUCGACUCAGUCUUUAGUAGCUGUGAUAUUAGGAUGUCUGCUCAAUAUUUGAACUGCAGACAUCUUUCAAUCGAAUUUUUAAAAGGAAGCUGACUCAAAUGUUCUUUGUAAGUAUUCCCCCCUAUGUGUUUAGCUUUUCUUUUCCUUGGAGUAUUUUUAUGAGACAUCAAAGUGUGCAAAGCAACAACAGGGUUUUGAAGGCGUAUGUUUCAGUGCACCGUGUUACGAAGAUGAAAUGUACUGUGAAUUAGAUUUUCCUUUCUGUUCAUCAUGGAACAUUUUCUUCCCAAUAAACCUGCAAUUACACAGAACAUGA